AUGGAAAAUCCUAAGGAGAGUCAUCUCUUGGCAGCAAAGAGAAAUCUUAGAAAGAGUACUUCUGGCUAUGUCUUUAUGUUGGGUUUUAGAGCCAUCUCAUGGACAUCAAAGAAACAAGAGAUAAUUACUCUAUCAACUAUCGAAGCAGAAUAUAUUGUUGCAACAACAUGUGUUUGUCAAGCAAUUUGGAUUAGGAGGAUUCUUGAAGGGCUGAAUUUUGUGCAAGAAAGGAAAGUUGAUGCUACUGUAAUUUACUGUGACAACAGUUCAACUAUCAAACUGUCCAAUAAUCUUGUUUUACAUGGAAGAAGCAAACACAAAGACUUGAAAUUUCAUUUUAUCCAGAAUCUCACAAAGGAUGAGGUGAUUGAACUUCACUACUGCAAAAUUGAAGACCAAGUUGCUGAUAUAAGGAUAAAUCCAUUGAAGGUGGCUGCAUUUCAGAAGCUUAGAGCAUUGUUGGGUUUAAGUUUGGAUGAAACUUUUAUGGUGUUGUUGUUGGGUGAAUGGAGAAAAGAGAGUGGAGAGGAAGGUGGUAGUAGGAGAAAAGAGGAAGAAGCUCGCAAUCUGGCAGCACAGAGAUCAGUUGUUAUAAUUAUCGACGAUAUACAGGAAAGAACUUUGGCUACUGAUUUGCUACUUGGAUAUUUAUCCACACUUCUUACAAAAAGAGCAGAUUUGAAGUUGAUAUUCAUGAGUAGUACAAGUCUUGAAUCUGAAAAGUUCAAGGAACAUUUCCAAGAACAUUAUCCUAGUAUUCAUAUUAUGAAAGUUCCUGGAAGGUUACAUCCUGUGGAAAUUGUUUAUACAAGUGAUGAAGAAGUUGAUAGGAAUAAUUACUUGGAUGCUGUUACAAAGACUGUGGUGAAUAUACAUAGACAUGAACCUCCUGGAGAUGUACUUGUGUUUUUGAGUGAAGAGGGAGAGGUAGAAGAUGCAUGCAACAAAAUAUCAAAAGAAAUAUGUAAUCUAAAGAAUCUUGUGGGUCCUAUGAAACUGGUUCCACUAUAUUCUUGUCUACCAGCAACAAUGCAACACAAGAUUUUUGAACCAUGUUCUGGAAGAAAGAUUGUGGUAACAACAAAUAUAGUAGAAUCUUCCUUAUCAAUGGAUGAUAUUUCGUAUGUUGUUGACUCUGGAUUUGUUAAGAAAAAGGUUUUUGACAAUAAACUAAAUAUGGAGUGUCUAGUAACGUCAACAAUAUCAAAAGCAAGUGCAGAUAUGAGGUCAGAGCAUGCUGGUAGAACAAUAAGCGGGAAAUGUUUUAGAGUUUAUACAGAAGAAAGUUACAAGAAUAAUCGUGAUCAAGAGAUAUGUCCUGAAAUUCUGAGAUUAAGGGUGUGUUUGAUUUAG